GAUGGGAGGGACCAAGGUUCCAUGGGGUGGGAUGGGGCAGGGCAGGGGGGGUGCCAGGGGGCAGGAGGGGCUGGGAGGGACCCCGCUGAGCCGUGGGGCGCUGACCCGGCCCCCGCAGACCCCCCGUCCCCCCCAAGAUGAAGCUGCUGGCCGCUGCCCUGCUGCUGCUCUGCGCCUGCUGCCUCCAGGCCGCCCUGGUCAGGCGCGAAGCCCCCCCCGAGGAGGCUGCCCCCCCCGAGGAGGCUGCCCCCCCCGAGGAGGCCGCUCCCGUGGACGUCGAUGGCUUCUUCACCCGUUAUUUCCCGUUCUUCUCUGUCUUCAUGACCGAGCAGCUGCCCCAGAAGCUGCAGGCGGAGAAGCUGCGCAGCCAGGCUGAGGCUUACUUGGACCGGGCCAACAAGCAGCUGGCGCCGCUGGCCCAGGAGCUGCGGAACAACAUCGACAGCCUCUUCUCCUCCGUGCUGGAGCUGGGCAAGGGCGAGAGGCAGCCCUGAGCCCCGCCACGGCGGCCCUUGCACCCCCGCCCCCCCGUGACAAUAAAAGCCGUGGAGCUGC